CGACGGUGAAAUUCAACAUGGCGGCUAAAAGAGGAGCGAAGUCAUCUGAAGUGUACUGUCCGUGAAACGGAAUAAAUAAAUUUGUUCUAAACGAAAUAUAUAAAUAACAUGGUUGGUCCAAAAACAUCUCUGUUUAUUCAAGUAGUUGCAGCUGCAAGUAUUGGCGGGGCCAUUGGAUUUUAUAUCCAGCAUAGAGUUUGGUCCGUUGAAAAGGUGGGGAACAGUCUGUAAUUUUUAUAUAAGACUAUGAAUAAAUAAAACUAUAUACAUAAGCGUACGAGAUGGGCAGAGGAGUGCGGCAGCUUCCCUCCAUGUAAAUGUAAAGUAAGUUAUAAAUAUAGUAUAUAAUAUAACUUUAUACUAAAGAUAUAAAUAGUCGAAAAUGCACGAAAUAUGCAGUAAGGUCAGAAAUUUUAAGCAUUUCAAAAUGUUUUGGCUGUGUGUAAUUAACAAUGUUCUGACCCUUCUGGCUUUAUAGGUGCUCACUCUAAUUCUAUAAAACCCUUGGACUGCUAUAUUAAAGCAGACAUAGUCAGACUGACUGGAAAGUUUGGAAAUUGUGCAUUGAAUUAAAAAAAAGAGAGUUUGGAAAUUGUGCAUUGAAUUAAAAAAAAAGAGAGUUUGGAAAUUGUGCAUUGAAUUAAAAAAAAAGAGAUUUCCAGGAGAUUUUCAUUAUUGUUAUGCACAUUGUUGAAUCAUAAUUAUGUAGGCUACGGUGUAGACCCCAGCAGAAACAUGUUUCGUGAGGGGUCUACGAAUAAACAAAGAAAAGCUUGCCCGGCCUACGUCAUAUCCGUUUUACGUUUUGGGUAAAUUAACUUAAAUUUAUUCAAAUUUCUGAAGCGUGCGUAAAUGUAAAUUUUCAUUUGGUGCUUAUUAAAAUGUUCCAUGGCGAUUAUUUGCUUCAAAGUCCUGUUGAAAAAAAGCGAUAUUAAUUUCUUGGACAGCAAGGAGAACAUACGUAAGGAGUUAGACAACUUUUCCUUCUCCAUUUCACCUACAAAUAGCAUUUGUAAAGCAUGUCUGGCAUUGGUAAACAAACGGUGAAACGGACAAUACGAUAAUGAACGUGCACGAAACAGCAUUAGAUGCCAUUGGUAUACCGCUUAAAGUAAAGCGAAAUGUUGUGAGGAAACUGGGAUUCGUGUCGACUUGUGAUAAAACGUUUAUGCUGGCUACAUUUAGUGUGAAAUUCGACUUCAGAAAUUGGAUGUCUUGACAAGCUUCAAGGCUUCAACAGCCUAACAGUUUGUACGAAUGACAAGAACUUUUUAGUCCGUUUGGACAUGUGUUUAAAUUUUAUUGCACAAAGUCCGCCAUGGAACAUUUUAAUAAGCGCCAAAUGAAAAUUUACAUUUAUGCACGCUUCAGAAAUUUGAAUAAAUUGAAGUUAAUUUACCCAAAAUGUAAAACGGAUAUGACGUAGGCCCGGCAAGCUUUUCUUCGUUUAUUCGUAGACCCCUCACGAAACGUGUUUCUGUUGGGGUCUACACCGUAGGCUAUAAUUAUGUUGAUCCCAGAGCUAACAGUGCCAUUGUGCUACCUCCUCCGCAGGCGCUAAGGGAGCAUUUCGGGCAGAUUCGGAAAAUGUGGGUUACAGGCGAGAGCGCCUGCCGAGUAAUGUUUGCAAGAUGGUGGAUGUUAUAAAUCGAAAUUUUCAUUCUGGGUGAUAUAGCCCAGGGUACUAAUUCUGAUCAGCUAUUUACACCCUUGAAAAUGAAAGAAAACAGAAUGAUUCAUCAAUGAGUUCAUCAAUGACCACAGGUGUGUGACUCAUUUAUCAAUGUUUCAUUACAUGGUGCGAUGGUGUACAGUGUCUACAGUGGUCAUAUCACAGUUAUCUCAAAAAUUUGGUGCAGUGGUAGAAUUUGACAAAUACUUGCCUAUUUUCUGUUAAUUAUCAAGGACCAAAAUUUUUCAAUAUGUUGAAUCCUGAUAUACGUAAUUCAUCAUCUAUUUUUAGUUUUCAAUCUAAGUUUAAGGUCGUUUCUUUUUUCUCGUUACAUAUAAUUUCAAUAUUUAGUAAUUUGGCUCAUUCCAUUCUUAUUCGAAUAUCUGUCUUUGCCCUAAGUAUCAUGCACAUGUGUUAUUUAAUCUAGCUGAAAUCAAUGAGCUAUCCCAAAAUACAAGCCUUAUGGUUUCUAUUUGGGCUUCCUCACCACAUUUAUUUUUGUAUAUAUAUAUGAUUUUUGGUAUUUGUAAUUUUUUUUUGUGGUAAAUCAAAUAAAAAUUAUUAUUAUAAUAGUAUAUUAAAUCGUUUAAUUCACUGUUUUUUCUGAGAACCAAACGUUGUUUUGUGCGAGAAAUCAUUGUUUGUUGAAAGAGUUUUUAAUGAAAAUGCAAUAUACAAUAAAACCUCGCAGCCUUCGUCUCGACUGAUAACACUUAGCUCAACCUUGAUAAUUCUGGAUAUCACAAAAACCUCAAACAAAAAACUUUUUAUUAUUCUUGUUAAAUAGUUUAUCUAUGUCUGCUUUGGUUUCAGAAAGAGACAAUUUUUGAAUUAGAAGAAAAGAUACGGGAAAAGAAAGAGAUAAUACAAGAACUGAGAGAAAACAGUAAUAUAAAUAUCGAGAGAAAAUAGAAGUGCGAGACAUGGUCCUGAUCAUCUGCUUAUUUUGAUUAUAGAAAAUGUUUUGAUGAUAUGCAUGCUGUAAUACAAUUAAAAUUCUGUGGUGUAGACAUUUCAAUGGAGUUUUAAUUGUAUAAAUACAUCUAGGCAACAAAUUAGACAGCUAUAAGACAAUAGCCUGCAUAGAACAAUAGCCUUUUGAUAGAAAUUAUAUGUAAACAACGUCGUUAUUCGGAUGAAUUUCAAAUGUUGAACGGAGUAAUUAAUAAAUAAUAUACAUUCAUGGUUAGUGAGUGCGUGCGAUUGUGAAGGUUGCUUUAACAAUAGAUACUAAAAGUCGUAUAUUAAACGAACCAAC